CUUAAGCCAUAGAGCCACCUUUUUUUUUUUCUUUCUAUUUUAGCCGCACUAGUGCUCUGUUUGUGUCUAAUCAAUGAUGUUCUGUUCUGACUUGUUUGGUGUUUAUGGUUUGGUUCCGAUAGGUUAUUAUUGAUAAGAAUAUUAUUGAUAAGAAUCAGAGUGUGUUUUCCUUUGGGGUGGUUUGUGUUGUGUGUUGUGUUGCGGAAUUACAUAUUCUUCUUCCAUCAGUGACCAGUUUCCCAAGGGUAUAUGGUAUAUCUUCUUGUGGUCUACGCUGAUCCCUUCUUUUUCCUUUCUUCUUUUCUGCUUUUGGGAUAGUAGAAUGAAGGUGCUGUUUGGCUGAGGUAUAAAGCAAAAGCUCUGCAAGUGGGACUGUUGGAAUUUGCUUUUUAAGUUGAAAAGAAAACGAGGGUGGUUGAAGGUGCGGCAUAAGAAGUGAGUGAGUGAUGGAAGGUGGAGGAAGAGAAAGUUAUAAUGGGGUGGUAAUGACUAUGACACGAGACCCGAAACCAAGGCUAAGAUGGACAGCAGAUCUUCAUGAUCGUUUUGUAGAUGCAGUCACAAAGCUUGGUGGCCCCGAUAAGGCCACUCCCAAGUCUGUUCUGAGGUUAAUGGGGUUGAAAGGUCUGACACUGUAUCAUUUGAAGAGCCAUUUACAGAAGUAUAGACUUGGACAGCAGGCUCGAAAACAAAACGAGGAACUGAACAAAGAGAACAGUAGAUGUUCGUUUGUAAAUUUUAGCACUCGUUCUUCAGGGCCUAACACCACUUACAGAGGUGAUAAUGAAGGGGGAGAAACCCCAAUAGCAGAAGCACUGAGGAAUCAGAUUGAAGUUCAAAAGAGAUUGGAAGAGCAGCUCGAGGUACAGAAGAAGUUGCAGAUGAGAAUAGAGGCACAAGGGAAGUAUUUGCAAGCAGUGUUAGAAAAAGCUCAGAGAACCCUUUCCUUGGAUGGAUCAGCAAGUCUUGAAGCAUCAAGAGCUCAGUUGACUGAAUUCAACUCUGCUUUGUCAAAUUUCAUGGAAAAUAUGAAUAAAGAUAGCAAAGAAAACAUAAUAGAAGUGACCGGUUUUUAUAAUAAGAACCAUGGCUCAGCUUUCCAUUAUGAGGAAGUAGGAAGAGAACAAAAUAGGAAUCAAAAGCCAAAGAUUGAAGGGGGUUCAAUACAGUUUGACUUAAACAUUAAGGGUAGCAAUGAUCUCAUAUCUUCUGGUGGGGCUGAAAUGGAUGUCAAUAUGAUUUCAUAUAGGGGGUAAAUUUUUUGAAUUUUCAUACUUUAAGUUAGCCAUUAGAUUGAAUGAUAUAUAUACCCCUUUCCCUA